UUAAGAAAAUGGGUGGACUCUCUAUUACCUUAUACCUUAUAUUUAUAUUUUAUGUCGCUUGGACAGUAGGACUUCCAAAAUGUUCGGAUACGUGCCCUGCCGAGACAUCGGAUCUGUGUGUUGAAAUAAAAGAUUCCAGCGGAAAGGUGUUUAAGUGUGCGACAAUGGGUCCGACGACCGAUGUGAAAAAUCAUAUUGAGAGUAGAACCCAGAGCAAGCAAGAGAAGAGUUAUGAUUUCCUAAUAAAACCUACUAGAACGCAAAGAAUUCGGAAUGAAGAAGGAAAGAGAUUUAAGAGAUACAGACGCUCAAUAAAGAGGGAAGAGAAUUUGCAACUGGAUAUGGGUCUAUGGGCACUCGGAUUAGGCAAUGAAACAGAUGGCAAAGAACCAAUUAGUAACGGUUGGAGAAGUAUUGAGCAGCAGCGAGCAGUGAGUAGUGGUGAAGACGAGGACUGGGGUCGUCUGGACAUCAGAGCUCAAAAGAAGGAAGAGACUACUUACUUGUACGAUUUCCUAAUAAAACCUACUAGAACUCAAAGAAUCCGGAAUGAAGAAGGGAAGAGAUUUAAGAGAUACCGACGUUCAUUGAAGGAGGGGGAAGAAAAUUUGAGGCUGGAUAAAGAGUUCCUUGACCCAGUUCCGGCGUUGCGCCGUACCAAGCGGUCCUGCCGCGCCCUGUGA